CGUCGGGUGCAGCAGUGGUCACACGUAGUCAGCCUCAUUACAAAUGAACAGGAAUGAGGCUGGCACGACAUAUGAUCUUAAUAAUAUUUGUUUCUUUUUCCGUUUGAAAUCCUCUGGUGAUGUCUUUCGCGGUUUCUGGACAUCUAAUCAUGUUUUAAAGCAUCGUUCCUCGUCCAUGACUCAGGUUUCAUCAUCUUCGUUCUGUUCUCCUCCCACCUAUACAGCGACGAUUUAUAAAAGGAGGCUGCUGAACGCUAGCACCGGACGAUAGUUAACGGCUCCGCUGUAUGAAUAUGAAUAUGGACUUCUCUACUACUGAACAAGCUGAAGGGGACUCCUCUACAUUUGAGGAGUGGCAAUGGCCACGACUUCCUGUUGGAUCCACCUACAUCCCCAUUCGACCAACACCCCCAAGGUCGAAGACCAGAAACGCUCCUGCGCCUUGCCCACCGCUGCUCCUUCUAGACAACGCAGACACUCUCGUGUUCAUCGAUUCACCACCACGACCAUCGACCAGCUCCGUUUUACCUGCCUCAAGGGGCUAUAUCCCGCACCGCGUACACAGCCGGAAGCUCUUGGAAACUGAUUCCUCUUUCUUCAAGAAGCUCUUCAAUCCGAGGACGCAGGCUCGGAUUGUCAAGCGCCGUGAACUCACUGGCGGGCUUACGAACGGGCUCAAGUAUGUUAUAGAUCUGACUCCUCCGACAGAGGGGGAAGAGGCGGUCAUCACCAUCACGGAGCUUUCUUGCCCUCUUGGUAUCAGGAGCUGGACCCGCUGUCAGAAUCGAUGGUACCUCCCAGCCUCGUGCGUUGGGGGGCAGGACCAGGUUGAGGCGUUGGAUACAAAUACACGCAAAGGCUUCGGCGGACCGCCGUCCCAUGAGUCGAAUAAUUCAGUCGCGCAGAAUCCUGAGACAGAUGAACGGGCUGGGAACCAUCAGGAAGGUGAGGUGGGAAAAAAGGCUGUCACAUCGCCCGAAGCUUCGGAUUCUAAGGUAGAACGCCAGAACCUUGAAUUACCACUAGACUACUCUGCUUCUCGUCACCAUGCAGGCAUUGAACAGAUCUUGCAGGCUCUGGAGGAUUUCCCUCCUCAACUUGACACUCCUUGCAAGCUUUGGACCUUUUUUGCCUUGGCGAAGCUGUAUGAUAUCGCCACGACACCGAAGAUAUGCGACCUCAUUCUUUCCUGGUUUUACGAGUCCACCAACGUCCGAUUCAUUGAGAUCCACCCGGAGAUCAGCUAUCGCAUAGCUUGUGGGAUCCAGUGCGCCUCCCUUUGUCGGGACACCUUCUCUAUCCUUGUAGGGGAGGAGGCCCUACUUCUGCUGGCUAACGGGGACGGACCAGCCCGCCUGGGGAGGCCUCAGGUGACAUGGCAUGGACGCCUGCGUGAGUCGCUAGAUGACACAGAGCUCCAGCGUAUUGACAUGGCAUGGCUCCAUGGUUUAUCCGAGUUUCAGAAAGUUUACCAUUUCCAACCAAGAUCCUCACAAGAAGAGGAAGCCAAGUCUUGGCUUCUCACUGCUCUGAAAGACUUCGUGAGAUGCACCUUAUUGUCGCCACUAAGGGGCGGUGUUCCUGAAAGAGGGUGCCGAGAAGUAUCCCUCAGCUCGCAGGACCAUGAGGGCUAUCCGCCACCAGAUUUCGCGAACGCUUACAGAGAGAUGUCGCCAGCAGAGCGCAUAAUUAGCAGGACAUUUUGGCACAGUCUAUCCAUUGAGAGUUUUAGUGGCCAGUGCCCUAUUCUCCCCGCAAAACAGCCUUCCAUCAUUGCCUCCCUUGCCAAGAGUAUUCCGCAGUUCAGAGAGCAAGAAGACUGGCACACCAGUGGUAUAUUACGAAAAGGGUUGAUAGGCAGAGUCGUAGACUUCAAUACUUUCUACAGAAGGCUAGGGCGGAGAGUCUUCGAUUUGGACACGAGACGGCCCCAAAUGACGGCAAACACCCCCACAUCGGGGUUCUCUAUAUACAGCGCGCCCCAACUACAGAAUCUCCCGGGGAUUGAUUUGGUUCUACCGCGUGAGAUGAUAGAAUUUGACUUGGAUAUCUUCUUCGCUCAGGUUCGGGCUUACGUUAAUGACUACGCCAAGCAGAUGAUCACCCCUCGGUCUUCAACCAUGUUCUACGAACUGACUGAUGCUUUGACAUGUCUCACGGAGAAUGAGUUCAAAUAUCUUCCCUUGUGGGCUGACCGGGGCUUCUCGACCCCGGGGCCAGCAAUCCAUACGGGUAGCACAGCCUCCUCGGUGAUGUCGCAUUCCACCAUCGCGGCCUCAGAGAUUGAUACUACAGUCCAAGGUGCCUCCAACAGGGCCACGGAAAGUCAUCAGAGUGAUCUAAUGUCGAUUGAUACGGAUAUUGAACAGGACAGUGGAAGGAACAGCGACCAUGUAUCAUUUUCGUGGCAGAGUGCUGACGACGAUACCUCGAUCGACCUGAGCUCUGCCGAUGACGAGGAGUUUGAAUUUGGUUCUGCUAGUGACUCUACUGACACCGUUGUUAUGGGCUCUCCGAGUCAUAGUGACCUUCUGAGUGACUUUGAGGAGGUGCAUAUGGACGACAAUGAUUCUGCUUCACGUCACUGA